AUGAAGAGACAUGAGGCCAUUUCCCCUUCUCCUAUAACUCGUUAUAUGGUAGAACAGAUUGAUCACUUUGGAUUUGAUGAAAAUCUGACGUUCCAGCAGCGGUAUUUAGUGGCAGAUCAGCACUGGAAGAAAGCCAAUGGCCCAAUACUAUUUUAUACGGGCAAUGAAGGAGACAUCACGUGGUUCUGCAACAAUACAGGUUUUAUGUGGGAUGUGGCCGAAGAACUUAAUGCCAUGUUGGUGUUUGCUGAACAUCGGUAUUAUGGAGAAUCUUUACCCUUUGGGAAUGAGUCUUUCAGUGAUUCCAAGCAUCUGAAUUACCUGACAUCAGAACAAGCUCUGGCCGACUUUGCGGUACUGAUUGAGCACUUAAAGACGACCAUUGCAGGAGCCCAAGACAGUCCUGUCAUAGCUAUAGGAGGAUCUUAUGGAGGAAUGCUUGCAGCCUGGUUUAGGAUGAAGUACCCCCAUGUGGUAGUUGGAGCUCUUGCAGCCUCUGCCCCAAUCUGGCAGUUUGGUGAUUUGGUCCCGUGUAGCACAUAUUUCAGCAUAGUGACCGAGGAUUUCAAAAAGAGCGGAACAGGCUGCUCUGAAAGCAUCCGCAAUUCCUGGAAUGCCAUUAACCACCUUUCCUCAACAG